AUGCGCCGCACUCCGCUCUUCAUCAGGGGCCGCUUCAAGGGCCCCUCACUCCAGCUGUGCGAUCUUGCUGCACUGGCGCUGCGCCAGUCGCUCGAGGUCCCCUCGCGCCUGCUCAUGGGCCCAGGGCCCAGCAACGCACACCCGCGCGUCCUCGCCGCCCAGGCGCUGCCGCUGCUCGGACACAUGCACCCCCACUUCUUCAAGAUCAUGGACGAGAUCCAAGGGGGCCUGCGCUACCUGUUCCAGACCGACAGCCCCUACACACUCUGCAUCUCGGGCACAGGCCAUGCUGGAAUGGAGGCCGUGAUUGCAAACCUGCUUGAGCCGGGGGACAAGAUCGUCGUUGCCAACAACGGCAUAUGGGGCGAGAGGGUGGCGGACAUGGCCGGCCGCUUCCGGGCCGAGGUGGUGCAGCUGAGGGCCCCAGCGGGCAAGACCUUCUCCACAGGGGAGCUCAAGGCGGCCCUGGAGGAGCACAAGCCUGCAGCCCUCUUCCUGGUGCAGGGCGAGUCAUCCACAGGCGCCCAUCAGGCCCUCGGCGACGGCCUCGGCGCAGCCUGCCGCGCCGCGGGCGCCCUGCUGAUCGUCGACACUGUCGCGUCCCUGGGGGGCGUCCCCUUCCUUGGAGACGCUUGGGGCGUGGACGCGGCGUACACGGGCAGCCAGAAGUGCCUGUCCGCGCCACCGGGCGCCGCGCCGCUGUUCCUGGGGCCGCGUGCGAUCGAGAAGCUGAGGGGGCGCGGGACGAAGCCGGCGACAUACAAUCUGGAUCUCAACCUGAUCGGGGACUACUGGGGCUGGUUUGGCAAGCGCAGCUACCACCAUACCGGCAUGGUGUCUAUGUGGUACGCCAUGAGGGAGGCGCUGGCCAUCGCAGGGGACGAGGGGCUGGAGGCCAUGUGGGCGCGCCACUCGCAGGCGCACCGUGACCUGUGGGAGGGCCUCAGGGCGCUGGGGCUGGAGCCCUUUGUGGAGAAGGACGCAGACAGGCUGAUUACUGUCAACACAAUCAAGGUGCCCCCAGGGAUUGAUUUUGCUGCGCUCACGGCCCACGCCAUGGCCAACUUUUCUGUUGAAAUCAGCGGCGGCCUCGGGCCGACGGCCGGCAAGGUGUGGCGCGUGGGGCUGAUGGGCGCGAACGCGACGCCGGCCAGUGUGCAGGUGGUGCUGGCUGCCUUCAGGGCCGGCCUCGCCGCGCAGGGCUGGAAGGGCGCUCAGGCUGCACCUGCGACCGCAUGA